AUGGUGCUGCCACAGCAAGGUCUGGCACCUGCCAGGCUGAUCGACUCCUUUUGCUCCUUGGGGAAGACGCUGCGGUGCACCUGCUCCUUCCAUGGCAUCCCCACACCCUCCGUGCGGUGGUGGAUGGAAGGUGAUAUCGUGGGUGUGGACGGCCCAGAUGACAGUCGCCAAGUGACUUCCACCAUCCUUGGCCCCUGGGCCAACAGCACCAUCAGCCUGACCAAGCAGCCGGAAAUGGGCACGCAUCUCCUCUGUGAGGGGAAGAACUACCACGGGAACCACAUGCUGAGCAUCACGCUGAUGUCAAGUAAGGGUCCUUGGGACAAGCAGGCAUUCAUCAGAGGGCUCGUCCGGGGCUUUGUCUACGGCGCCAUUGCAGCUACCCUGCUCUUCCUCUGCCUCAUCCCAUUCAUAGUGAAACUUAUCAGAAUGAGGCAGGCAAAGAAAAUUGCAACGAUCAAAGUGGAAAGGAGCCCCGAAGUCAAAGAAGGCCAAGAAUCCGAGAUGUCUCCGAAGAAGCCUAUAGUCACCCCAUCUUCUGAGAGCCAGGUAUUAGAAGAGCAAGAUAAACGAGCUGACAAAGCCUGUAAAGGCAACAGUCGCACCUGGAGCUGCAUUAUCCCUGGAAAUACAGAACUUCACAGGAUGCUUAGAGACCCCAGAAACUAG